CUUACAGUAUCAUCUUGAUUUUAGUUGGUUAUACUUUCAUAACUUUUCUUCCCUGUAGAUGGCGGAACAAAAUCUAACGAUAGCCUGUGCAUAGUGCAGCAAAAGUUCCGCCGCAAAAUGGCAUGUAAAAUACAACUUUUGAAGAAUAUUUUAAAACUGUCUGUGUCACCUGUCGUACAGAAUAUUGCAGGAUCAGCGACACAACGCUCGUUAUCUGUGACGUCACGAUGUGUGAGUCGGAGAGGCUUUCAUUCUUCAUCUCUCCGUCAAGGUCUGAUGGAGUUCUUUGACAAUCCAAAAGUCUAUGGAGAAGAUCAAGUUAAACAUGGCAGGGCUUGGAAAAUAGAUGAACUUCGUAUCAAAAGUAAUCAGGAUCUGCACAAACUUUGGUUUGUCUUAUAUAAAGAAAAGAACAUGUUACUGACAAUGCAAGAGGAAUGCAGAAGAGAGGCAGCAUUGUUUCCAAGCCCAGAAAGAAUAGACAAGGUGGAGGAGAGCAUGGAGAACCUGAAUGCGGUUGUAGAGGAGCGAAACCACGCCUACAGAGAGCUGGAGGAGGGAGAGCAAGCCAACGUAGACGGACAGUGGCAGCAUACACCGUUUGGUAGACUAGGUUACCGGCGUUUCAAGGAGUAUCCGAUACCGCCUUGGGCUAACGUCACACACAGGGCCAUCAAUCAACUGCCGCGACACGUCCCGGUGACGUGGAAGUAUGGGGUUCUCCAUAGAGAACAGGUUAUUAGGAAAAAUGCUCAGGCAAAACGGCGAUUGCUCAACCAGAAAAAACGAUUGAAGAGUGCGUUUCCGAAUGCAGAGAUGGAUUGAAGUGUCGGAAAUUAAGUGUGUAUAGCCUACGUAUAUUGACUACAGAUAGGUUCACAGUAGAAGUAAAUGUACGAUUGUAUAGGUAUUUGUAUCAUAGUUGAUAAUCAGCUGAAUAAAGUGAUCAUUAUAGUGUG